AUCACUAAAAAGAAUGAAUUUUUUAGGUUAUGUCCGUUUCUAAAGCCAACCCACAUUUAAAACCGCACACAAUGCACAUAACCGCGUCGCAAAUAAACGUUUUGGACGAUUUAAAUUCUAGGUGAGAUUCAAUUUUAGGUGCAGAGCACAAAUGUUAGGGAUUCUCGUCGUCGUUUAGUCGAUUAAAUGAAACCAAAAAGGGGUCCCGGGGGUGAUGGCGCCAAUUCGCCCCCGAUUUAUAUCCCCAACACUUUCGAAUCGAAAGAUGUUCGCUUACAAGAGACCAUCCAAGAGUUACGUAAAAGUACUAAAAUUGAAAGCUUACAACAAGUGCUCAAAGAAUUACCUUUAGAUGAUUUAAAACCAGCUGAUGUCUAUUUAGCGGCUUGCCUCUUAACCUACUUAUUUUUAACAGUUGAUUCAAAGCAUCCAAUAAGGAAAACGAUAUCUCGAAUGCUUUCAACACAGCUUAAUGUGGAAUUAGUGAAAAUUGCGAUGAGUUGGAACAUCAAUACUCUAAUGGUGGCUUGUAUUAAAGAUACGGAUAGUUGUCAAAAGCAUAAUGAGUUGGUUUUGGGACUUCAGCAUUGUUUUGCUAAUUUCCCUUUGGGUAUUGAAGCAAUUUCUCAUACAAUUAAAACAGUUACUGGGUUUAUGAUUGAUUAUUUUUCAAAAUUGGUGUUAAGAUUAAGUGAUAAAUCAAAAAGAUUUGAAACACAAAACUAUAUAAACAAUGUAACAAAAUUAUUAGUUGCUAUUUUACAACAAUGCCAAUUAAGUGAUGAUUUACCAAAUUAUUGUAAAACUUUAAUGUUGAGUUCUUACGAAGUGAUCAAAGAUGAUUAUAUUAAUUUUGAUACAAAAUCUAAUUGUGGUGUUUUAAUGGUUAUUGGAGUCAUACAUAUCCCAGAAAAAACUUCUGAUGGAAUUGAGACAACAAAUCCUUGUCUGAGCUUCUUAAAACCUGAAAAUGACGUGACCAGUGCCUUCAAUUCGAAAAAGCUCCCAAAAAAUCAUACAACUAACCUAUAUUUUUAUUCGGGAAUUUUAAAUGUAUUGCCCCAAAGUAUUUUGUGUGAAGAGACUAUUGAUGGGGUGCCGGUGAUUUCGUUUAUGUUUGGGGAAUUAUUGGAUACGGCGAAACGAUGUACAGGAAAAUCGACUCAAAUUUUAGAAGUGAGUCGUUCGUUAAUUUUGAUUUCAAAGGUGAUUAACACGAUACCACUCGGAUACAUCGAGCCGAUGUUUAGCGAAGCUUUGGAGUACGUUUGGACCCAUCUGGAUCAUUAUAUUGAUACUGUCAGGCAAUCAGCUCGGACGAUUUUUGAAAAUUUGAUUCGAUUAGCUCAUGAACAUUAUAAGAAAGGUUACCAAACACUACUAAAACUAAUCUUAACCAACAUGAUCGAUCUUCUCGUCAACAGAUGCACCCAUUACGUCACGUUAACAAUUUUGAGCACAGAAACUGGAUGUUCGUUUCUUCUCGAACAAUUCUCCCAUUUACCAUUCAUCCUUCUGAUCAACAUGCAAAAUUCGGCUGUCGCACCCCAAAUCUGUAACACAUACGAAAUUUUAAUGGCCCAACACAAAUCGGAAGAACGCGAUGUAGAUAAGUGGUUAGAAUUAUGGGUGGAUUUAAUAAAACCUCUUCUAACGAAAGCUAAAGGUGUUUUAGUAACUUUUUAUCAAAGAUUAUUAGUUUCUGCUUAUAAAAUUGAACCGAUGGUUUUAAAAUCGAUAAUGCAUUACCAAUGGUACAGCGGUUCAAACGAAUUGGGUGCUUUAUUGAGGUGUUUGAGGACUUCGCGACAAAAUGGUUUAAAAAUACCGAAUACUUUAUUUAAUAAUUCUCAGGAGAAAAUUGAUAAGAAAUAUUGGAGAAAUAUCGUUGAAUACGAAUUUUUAGAGUUGAUGAUGGUUCAUCAAAACGAUGAAAUUCGAAUUCACGUUUUAGGAUUAAUCGUUGAAAGUCAAAAAAGUCGCGAGGUGUUCUCGUUAUGGGAGUUGGCGUUUUUGAAGAAAUUUUUUCAUUAUAACGUAACUACUCAAAGCCCAAGUAUUCGCCAGCAAUUGAUUGGUUUGUACAAAAAAGUUUUUAUCAGAAUUCGAGAUACCCUUUCAGUUCUAAACCGAAAUUUAAACAACUUAACAACAAAAAUCGAAAAUUUCAAUCGAAACGAAAACACCACCGACGUUGAUUUGAAUGAAAAUCGGAAGAUGAAUUUUUUGAAAGAAUUGGAAAUUUUAAAAGAACAAGAUGUUGAUACACGGCAGUUUUUUAUGUUGAUGUUUCAAAAGUAUUUAUGUCCAGGAUUUCAAACCGGGUUUAAUUACCAAAGAAGAUCGGUUUGUUUAGAAUUGGUGCUGUUUGUGAUCACUGAGAAAUGCGUUGAGGAGGAGGAAAUUAGAAAACUGUGGAAACCGGAAUUUACGCAAUUUUUAAUCGAGCUUUUAGAGGACUCGUAUGAGACGAAUAUAAAAAUGGCGUUUUUGAUUUUGAAGAAGAUGGAGUUUCCCAUUAAGGAACAUUUUAAUAAAAAAUCUGGUUUGUUAUUUUUAAGACAAACAAUACAAAACGCGUCCAGUUUAAAGCCUGAUAAAGUGACAGCCGCCGGAUAUAUGUUACAAUUGUACCUGAUGGUUCCGUUUGCAAAAGAAACUUUGAUCGAGUUGUACCGCCGACCGGAAACGGAAGAUUUAUACGCGAUGGCGAUGAAGGUGUUUUUGAAUCGAGCGAGUAUGGCGACUAGUUUAGCAAAAACCGAUUUAUUUAGAUCGGUGAGAGAUGAAGCAUUUUAUGGGGAUUUAAUGUGUGUGAGGAAUAUUUUAGAGAAUAAUGACUUAAGCAACUGUAAACAAUGGACAUCUCUCGCUCACCAAAUCGUCGAAACUUGCCGAAAAAUAGGCGAAGUUGUUGCACCAAUCGUAAAUAACAAUUCCCCAGAAGGUUACAUCCCUAAUAAACCUCAAGAUAAUCACCAAAAAGCCGAAAAUAACCAAGACCAACAAGCAAAACGCAAAAAACCUUCCCCUCAACAAAACGUUUCCCCCCAAAUGAUCCUCGUCUACGCUUGGCGAUCCAUCAAAGAAGUCUCGCUACUUUUAGGCGAACUUACAUUAAGAGCUCCCUUAAUCGACCCAAUUACCAAUGAAGAAGUUCUUUCAGACGAACUUUUAUUAAAAAUUGAAGAUUAUUUUAUUCAAGUUUUUAGAGAAACCAAACAUCGAGGUGCUUACGAACAAGCUUCGGUGGGGUUCUCAAGAUUUUGUGAAUUUUUAUGGCGACAACCAUCGUGGUCGCCAUAUUCUAAUUGGCCUAAGAAGUAUUUGGAUGAUAUUUUCGUUGUUUUAAGAGGGGAAGAUCAAUUAGUUUUACACAAACUAUGCCCGAAUAGGAGAAGCGCGGGACUUCCAUUUAUGGUUGUUGAUAUUUUAGUCACUGAACCGAAAGGUUCUAACAAUGAGACGUUUCAUUAUUGUAUAAAAACACUUUUAAAAAUAACUCGCGAUGAAAAUGAAGAAAAAUUUGAAUUGAACGAGAAAAGUGAGGAAUCCUCAUUAAUACCUACAUCAUCUUCUUUAUCAAAAAUCCACGCGAUGAACAUUUUAAAAUCGUUAUAUCGACACCAUCUUUUGGGAGAAAUUGUAACAACUUACAUUGCGGAAGGAGUUCAAGUCGCGUUGAAAGCGUUUGGUAGCGAUAAAUGGGGGGUAAGAAAUUCGGCGUUUAUUUUAAUAGCGUCGUUAAUGCAAAGGAUUUUUGGUGUACAAAGGAGUAAAGAGUUGGAGAUUAAUCAUAAAAAUAAAAUGUCGACGAAAGUGUUUUUUAUGCGAUACCCCGAGCUGUACGAGUGCUUUUUGGGUUAUUUAAAAGAUGGAACUGUUAAUAAUCGAAACGUGACUGUGUUACAUCCGGUUCUAUUGAUUUUAGAACGUCUAUAUCCGUGUAAUACUGAAGAAGAAACUCAGUUGGGGAAAUACAUUGAAUAUGUGACAAAAUGUUUGCAAAGUCCUGUUUAUAACAUCCGGGAGUUGGCGGCUCAAGCUUCAGCUUCGUUAAUCCCGAACUUGGAAGUAGUGGAUUAUGUGAAGAAGUUGCUGAUAAAACUUUCGGAUGUGACAUUAAGCGAUAAUUAUUGUCAAGGAACGAUUUCUCAAAUAAUUUGUUUGUUGAGAUCGUUGAAUAAAGGUCAUAGUCAAUUAAACGUUCCAGAGAUAAUCGAGGGAACGUUUUGGAUACCGAUAUCCGCUGGAAGAUUAACAAGUCAUUUCACAGUUGCAAAUUAUUAUGACAUGCUGACCUUAUUAACAACGGUCUUCAUAAAAAACUGUCAAGGAGCCCACAUCUUCACCCAAUUCGUAAAAAUCCUUAUUUACCAAUCAAUAACCGAAAAUAACCCCGACAAUUUAAACAACCAUCGUCAUUCGACAGCCAGAAAAAAAUUAUCAGUAGCCCGAUUAAAUUUACAUGCACAUAUCGUUCAAAACCUAUACAUUUCCGACCACUACUUCAAAUCGUUAUACUUAAAAGAAUUGAUUUUAAGCGGUCUGACCAGUUCAAAAGAAGAAAUCGUCGAAUACUGUUUUAAUUACAUAGGUUAUUUAUAUUUUGAUCACCCAAAAUACUUUUUGAACAGUCUUUACGAAACGGAAACGAUCGAAAUCGCCGAACGUGAAAAGAAUUUAAUAAAACUCAUGGAUUUAGGACUGAAAGAAUACGUUUUAGAAAGUUUUCAUAAAAGUUUUCAUUUUUUCUAUGCAAAAAUUAAACGGAGAAUGUUAAAAAACCACGAUUUGGUACGAAGUAUGUUGUUAGCGCUACAAAAUUAUCCGUGUUUAAUGGAAAAAUUGAAACGAACUCGGGCGGAAGUUUUGGAAUUUUUAUUGGGGUUUUGCGAUUUGGAGGAAAAGGUGGAGUUAUUUACACCCGCUUUGGGGUGCGUUUCGAAUUUUUUGGCUAAUUUGAGUUUGGACGAAUUGAAAAGUUUGAAUUUAUCAAUGGUGUACAAAUGUUUGGCUUACGGAGUUUCAGAAACAAGUCCGAGUCACUUAAAGAUUGCGGUUGCAAGAUUUUUCGUUGCUAAUCGACGAAUAUUUAUGGAGAAAGAGUUUUUUAGGAAUAAUUACGAUGUGAUACAUUUAUGGGAGAUGGUGAUGUUUCUGUUAGAUGAUGAUGAUGAGGAUGUUAGAAAUGCAAUGAGUGAAUUAGCUCCUAAAGUACAUGGUUUGAGAGACACUUCAGGGUCGCAACAAAUCUAUUUAAGGUUCGAUUCCGACCUGCCAAUAAUCUCGGAAAAAGCCAAAGAUGAAAUUUUGGAAUGUUGCACCAACAUUCUCCCCCCAAAAAUUUCCAUUCCCCUCUUUAUUUCUUGGAUUUUAUCCAAUUCCCGACAACAAAGUCACCAAUUAUUAUUCACCAACAAAAUCCAUACAAAUCUUCAACAAUUAAAUCUUCAACCCAAUAAUCACCAACAACAAAAUUAUUUUCCUUCAAAUCUCCAUCAAAACUUAUUCCAAACCGGAUUUUUUCCAUCCAGUCAACCAACCCCAAACCAAAUCAAAACCAAAGAACUCCUCGUUUUUAGCCCUAACCCCACUACAAAUUGUUCUUCGUCUAAUGGCUACAACGAACCUCAUCAGUUUCAAAAAAUGACUUUAAAUCAUUUCAAAAAAUUAUUAUGGCGAUUGGAAGAUGGUUUGAACUACGAAGAUAGAACGAUUUUUAUCGAGGAACACGUCCAAAUGGUCGCUACAGUCCUCUAUAACAUUUUAUACCACCAUUUACCACCAACAGUGAAUCCAAGCGCUCGAGUAACAUUACUUUGUGUUGUUAAAAAAGUGAAGGAAUUUGCUGAAAAAGCAGGAAUUAAUUGUAAAAAUGCGGGCGGUGGCGGGUUCAUGGGGGAUAUGAGGAGUGUUAUUUUGAAGGAGUUCGCGAAUUUGGGGGCGAAGGGUGGAGGUGGGUCGAAUGGGGUGGGGUGGCUGCAAGAAAUUGCAAUGGGGAUUUUUAAUUUGGAAUGAGAAAAAAGUAAUUAAUAAAAAGUGUGAAACUGAAAAUGAUAAGAUAAUGAUUUAAAAAUGACAAAGUUAUAAGUUGCAAUGAAAAUCGAGGACAGAUAAUUAAUUAAUAAAAAAAGACAGAAGAAGAAUUGGACCAAAUAAAUUAGAAAAAAAAAUCAGAGUUAAGAUUAAAAUGAAAUUUGUAAGAAGGAACAUCAACAAAUUGGAGACGAGACUAAUAAUAACGACUUUGUAAAAGCUUCCGAGGAAUAAUCAUAAAAAAUGAGGUAGAAAAUGAGAUUAAUUGAUAUAAAAUGAUCUGGGAUGGAGUAUUUGGGGAAAAUUUGUUUGAUGGAGAAUGAAAUUAUAAAAAUGAAAGGAAAAUUGGGAAAAGUAAGUAAAGGAGACAGCAAAGAAAUGGUGUUGUUGAGUUGAUAUUUUGUAUUUUUUUGAAGAAUUGUGUGGAUUUAUAAAUAUAUAUGUUUGAAAAAAAAA